AUGAGCGUCAUUGAUAAGAGCUUAAAGGUUAUCAAAGUUAUUGCAAUACCCAAACCUGGACGCGAUCAGAGUACCAUUGCCGGCAAAAGGCCGAUAUCUCUAGUUCCGGCAAUCACAAAAAUAGCCAAUUCGGCGGUGCUUGAACGUUUGCAAAGAUUUCUUGCAGAGAAACACAUUCUUCCUGAUAACUCGUUCGGAUUCCGAAAAAACCUGUCUACGAACACAUGUGUAAACUUUGUGUUGAACUGGAUAAAACAGAGCAAACGACUUAAUCUACUAACAGCCCUGAUUUGUAUUGACCUGUCUAAUGCAUUUAAUGCUGUGAGACUGGAUAAACUACAAGAGAUUAUGUUGAGAAUUGGUGUCCCACAAGAUGUGUUGUUGUGGACGGUUUCCUUCCUGAGCAACCGGCAAAUACUGUUUCACAUGAACGACAAAACAAUAACAAGAACUAUCAACAACGGACUCCCACAGGGGGAUGUCCUUUCUCCCACACUUUUUAAUAUCUACACCAUCGAUCUACAUAGAAAUGGUAAUACGGAGGUAAAUUUGGUUCAAUACGCGGAUGAUUUUGGUAUUUUGAUCCGAGCUAAAACUCUUAAUGCUCUCAACGAUCUUGGUCAGACAGUCUUGGACGAAUUCACUAACACCGCAGAGUCCUUAAAUUUUUCCAUAAACCCGGAUAAAACGAAAGCCAUAUUCUUCCAGCAUAGCAACAAGGAGCUGAACAUUUCUAUUAAUAGUAUCCGGCUAGAAACCGUGAGAAGCCAUAAAUACCUUGGGGUAGUGUUUGACCGCUUCUUGAACUUCGGGAUACACAUCAAGGAACUUAAGUCAAAGGUUCAAGAUAGACUCAAUAUGGUGAAAGUUCUCAGUGGGAUUAAAAAUGGUGCACAUCCUCAAUCAAUGCUUAGAAUUCACAAGGCACUCUUCAGAUGCACAAUGGAACAAAACGUUUCAGUAUAUAAUAAUGCCAGUUUCUCGAAUCGUAACAAGCUUUCUGUUCUGAACAACCAAUGUUUGAGAAAGGCAAUUGGAACAACAAGAUCUACCCCGAGGAACGUGAUCGUUGCUCUUAGCGGUCAAGAACCUGUUGCGUUUAGACAAGAGUUUGUGGUGUCCAAGGAAAUCUGCAGACAUAUCUCCAGAAAUAAUAUGAUAGCAAAACAAUUGAAAAGCAUCGAAUUACCCGAAGACAAGCGCACCUGGCACAAAUUUUCUCACCUGGAACAAAUAUACUGGACAAACAAAAACAUAUUCGAUCGCAUACAGCCGAUCAUACGCUUUAGUACUUCGCAACCCGUGGACAUCUUCCCAGAAUUGGAAGGUCUGUCUACUUCAAAGCAGAAUACGAAUCCUGCUAAAGCUAAACAGCUAGCUCUGUUCGUCAUGAACUGGAGAAAUAAAGGACGUGGACGCAUUUUCACAGAUGCUUCGAAGGAAGCAUCUAGAUGUGCAAUAGGAGUGUAUCUCGAAUCGAUCGGACAGCGGUUGUCGAAAUUAUUAAAGAUGGAAACAAGUAUUACUUCAGCAGAACUAAUCGCUAUCAGAGAGGCAGCAAGAAUAAUCGAACAAAAGUCAUUGGUACGUUCGGUCAUCUACACGGACUCCAAGACCUCAUGCUUGAUGUUGCAAAACGCUCAGGAUCUCAAGGAGGACGAGAAUAUUUUGAUCGAAAUUCUUCGUAUUUGCUCAUCACAUCAAAUAGCGAUCCAGUGGAUUCCAAGCCAUGUGUCAAUAAACGGCAAUGAAAUCGCGGAUGGUUUGGCAAAACACGGUCUUCAGUCUGUCGACGUGUACGAGAAUGAUUUGAUGUUUAAAGAUGGAUUGCUCUACUUCAAACGGUUUUUGAGCGAGAAGACUGAUAAUUGGUAUAGAUCAUACUCGGAAGACAAAGGGAAACUCUUUUAUUCUAUACAACCUGCGUUCUCAAAAAGCCCAUGGUUCGUUGGACAAGACAUGACUGGACGAGAUAUCCGCCUUCUGAAUCGAUUGAUGGCCACACAUGAUUAUUCCAAAUUUUGGCUAGCAAAAAUAAAAAUCGUGGACGACCCCAAUUGCGACAUAUGUUUAGUACCUGAAACAGCCAACCACAUAAUAGUGAACUGUCCUCGCUAUGCUACACUAAGAAUACACUACGAUUUUGAUCGCAAAUACAACAACCUGCAAGAACUAUUCAAAGAAAAGAACCUACAACACUACAAACAAAUAGCUGAUUUUGUACGCAAGGCCAACAUUGAGUUAUGA